AUUCAGUCUGCAAAAUGCAGACUAAUGGGUAUGCUCGUCUUUCUCUGAAUGACACUGACGAUGUCCAGGAACCUGCCGUCGAUGGGGAACCUCGUGAAACUACCACAGAGGAAACCAAAGCACCGUUAAGACCACACAUGUAUUAUGAUGAGGGACCUUUUGACGCGCCUAGUUCUGAAAGCGAGGACGAAACGUUGUUAGAGAAGGAUGCCCCGGGUCGUGGCCGGCUGGGUGUAAACUCGCCAGGAGCAACAGAAAACGGGUUUCCAUCGGAUGGAUUGAGGCUUGGUGGACCGAAGAGACGACCGAACACGCUUCGGUGCCUUCUUAUCACCCUUGUCUCUCUUAUGGUCAUGGCAAUCCUGAUCGGUAUCCUUGCUGCGUAUACGUAUACUGGCACUGCAUUUGCUCCAAUGCGCGGUACGCGUCCGCUUACUAUGGAUCAUGUCUUCAAUGGCACGUUUUAUGCUCAGCACGCUACUCUGAGAUGGGUACCAGAAGCUGGCGAUGGUGUUUACGCCGAGCAGGACUUUAAGAGAAGUGUCAUUACCCUUGUGGAUCUCAAGACAAAUACUACAAGGGAUUUAGUUAAUCUGGGGGAUGUGAAAAAUGAACAAGGACUCCCAUUAGCAACCGUCGAGUGGAAACUUUCCCCAGAUAUGAAAUACUUGCUCAUGAAAGCUAAUUAUCUGAAACAAUGGAGACAUUCCUCGUUCGGCAAUUAUUAUGUGCACGAUAUCGAUGCUAAAUCUACCUAUCCUCUAUCCACACCCUCCUUUCCACCCGUAACAGCCUAUGCCGCAUGGAGUCCUGUUGGAGAUGCAAUAGCCUACGUACAGAAUAACGAUCUAUACGUGAAGCCUGACGCAGCGCGGUCGACGAAAGGAAUCCGGAUCACGGCGACAGGUUCAGAAACUCACUUCAAUGGUGUGCCUGACUGGGUGUACGAAGAGGAGGUAUUGUCGGCUGACUACGCGCUUUGGUGGGCACCCGAUGCCAAGCGGGUGGCUUUUCUUGAAAGCGAUGAGACGAACGUAGAUGUAUACUCGUUCCCUAUUUACAAUCCUACCGCGGACUCUUAUUCAGUUCAUCCAUACACUGAGGACGUUGCUAUGCGGUACCCUAAACCUGGAUAUACGAAUCCUAGCGUCGACGUUCACGUAUUCGACCUCGAUGGAUACCUAUCCAACAGGCAAGAUGAUGAUGACGAGGAUGAUGACGAGAUUUCUGACGAAGUCACGGAGCAUCUCUCACGCCUGACCUGGUCAUCUCGUCGGUCUGUGAAUGACUCGGUUAUCAUGGACGUUGCCUGGAUUGGCGCGGAUGACCUCCUUGUCAAAGAGGUCAACCGAGGAGCAGACGAUGGUGUCGUAGUUCACUUUGACAUGGAGGAUCUAUCUAUCGCUGGUGCUGAAGUCCGAGGCGAGGUUGUUCGCCAUCUUGGUCGGAACGGUGAGGAAGGCGACGGUGGAUGGAUUGAAAGUCGGCAGUCUGUCUACCCACUCCCUCCCACACUUGUCACCACAUUAGGACUGGAUGGCACGGCGUAUCUGGAUCUUGUCAAUAAUUCCCAGGGUUAUACACAUAUCGCACUCUUCUCACCUGCAGACAGCAGUGAGCCUUUGUUCGUGACAGACGGCGAAUGGGAAGUUGUAGAUGGAAUCUUAGGUGUUGAUUCCAAAGGCAUUGUGUACUUCACAACAGCUUAUCCUUCAUCAAUUGAACGAGCAAUCCUAGCAGUGCCUAUACCAUCCCAGGUUUCAUCCGCAGACUCGGAUCGAAUCACGGAACUAACAGCACUUACGGACACAACAGCUCUGGCAUGGUAUGAGGCGAGCUUCUCCCCUGAGUCUGGAUAUUAUCUCUUGGGCUAUCGAGGCCCGAACGUACCAUGGCAGAGUGUCUUCAGUACUACUGUCCCGCGAGAAGAGUUCGAGUACAAAGUCGUUGAAAAUACACAACUAAACGCCACGCUGGCCGAGUACCAAAGUCCGCUCAUUAUGCAUUCAACUAUCGAAAAUGAUGGAUUCGAGUUCAACACAAUGGAACUUCUUCCGGCCAACUUCGACGACUCGGGACGGAUAAAAUAUCCCGUUUUAUUCCGAGUGUAUGGUGGUCCAGGUUCUCAAAUGGUGCAUACACGUUUCGAACGUGAUUGGCAUGCAUACCUGGCUUGUACACUCAAGUACAUUGUUGUUAUUGUUGACGGACGUGGAACAGGCUUCAGGGGCCGUGCAUUGCGGAAUCCGAUAAGAGGCAAUCUCGGUUAUUGGGAGACACGCGACCAGGUGGGAGCGGCCAGAAUUUGGGCGUCGAAGAAAUAUGUUGACCCGAAGAAGAUUGGUAUCUGGGGAUGGUCAUAUGGUGGAUUUAUGAGCUCGAAAGUCGUGGAAGCAAACGAGGGUAUUCAUUCUCUAGCCAUGGCUGUCGCACCCGUCACAAGUUGGAGGCUCUACGACUCAAUCUACACAGAGCGCUACAUGUCAACACCUCAACUCAAUCCUACCGGGUACGACAAUGCCUCCAUUACAAACAUGACAGGAUUCCACAACGCUCAUUUCCUCCUCGCACACGGGAGCGGGGACGAUAACGUGCACUUCGCCAACUCAGCUCAUUUGCUCGACAUGCUCACAACCGACAAAGUACGAGGGUUCCGCUUCCGCAUGUUCACAGACAGUGACCAUUCAAUUAAUCGACGAGGAGCGUAUCGGGAGUUGUAUGAGUGGAUGACUGGGUUCCUACUUGAGAAAUGGGGGAAGGGAGGGAAGCAUCGGGAAUGGUGACGGACCAUUAUUAGAUUACAUCGUAUUGCUUUGGAUAAGUGGCCGCAGUUUAGAGAUCUUUAUCAAUCGUACAUUUAAUUCUCCU